UCCAAGGAGAGGUUGAGGUUCGCGUUGCGUUUUGCAGUGACCGUGUGCUGCUGGGUCGCUCUCCUAACUGGUCUACAUCGAAGAAGACACGGAAUUCGCAGGAGGAGAGCAAAACGGGCACCAGAAAUUCAAAGUUGUAAUUAGCACACGGUCAGCCAUCGAGUGUUGUGGGAGCUGCUGCGGAAAUAGGAUAACCUCAAUGCUGCCCGUCGACGAAAGGCAAAAGAACCGUCCAUCUUGCUGUUGGGCGCAGUAAGUGGUCAACAAAAAUAAAACGUGGCAGCGGUAAGGACAACUGACAACAAAGCAGCAAACAUCGCGAGCAAAGCUGCGCGGUAAAGCGGCGCAGCGGCUAGAACAGGGCGAAGACAGCGUCUAGAACCCAAAGGGACCCGAUCAGUAAGCGAAACUCGUGGUGAAGAGGGUAAACAAAACCAACGGAGUACGUGCAAUCGGCAAGAAAAAUAAUCAUUAGAAAGCGUGCUGCACCAUGGAGCUACGGGUCGGCAACAAGUACCGGCUGGGGCGCAAGAUCGGCUCCGGUUCGUUCGGAGACAUCUACCUCGGCACCAACAUCACGACCGGCGAGGAGGUAGCCAUCAAGUUGGAGUGCAUCAAAACUAAACACCCGCAGCUACACAUCGAAAGCAAGUUUUACAAGAUGCUCCAGGGCGCGGUGGGCAUUCCCACGAUCAAGUGGUGCGGCUCGGAAGGCGAUUACAACGUUAUGGUAAUGGAGCUGCUCGGUCCGUCGCUGGAAGAUCUGUUCAAUUUUUGCUCGCGCCGAUUCACACUAAAGACGGUGCUACUGUUGGCGGACCAGAUGAUCUCGCGCAUCGACUUCAUCCACUCGCGCAGCUUCAUCCACCGCGACAUCAAGCCGGACAACUUCCUGAUGGGUCUCGGCAAGAAGGGCAACCUUGUGUACAUAAUCGAUUUCGGGCUGGCGAAAAAGUACAAGGAUUCGCGCAGCAUGUCACACAUACCGUACCGGGAAAACAAAAAUCUCACCGGUACCGCGCGGUACGCGUCGAUUAACACACAUCUCGGCAUCGAGCAAUCGCGCCGUGACGAUCUGGAGUCGCUCGGAUACGUGUUGAUGUACUUCAAUCUCGGUACGCUGCCUUGGCAGGGCCUGAAGGCGGCCAACAAGCGCCAAAAGUAUGAGCGCAUUUCGGAGAAAAAGCUGUCGACGCCCGUCGAGGAACUUUGCAAGGGUUUUCCGCGAGAAUUCAGCCUCUACCUUGCGUAUUGUCGCCACAUGGACUUCAUCCAGCGCCCGGACUACUGCUACUUACGCAAACUGUUCCGGACACUCUUCCACCGGCAGGGUUUCGUCUAUGAUUACGUGUUCGAUUGGAACAUGUUGAAGUUUGGACGCCCAAAUCUGAACACCUUCACGAGCAUGAAGCGAGGCCAGAGUCGAACGCCAAGUGCAACACAAAACGAAAAACAGAUCACCAACACGUCGGCCACAACACCGUCCAAGGGCGGCGGCGGCGGUGGUGGUGUUGCAACAGUGCUGGGGGGAAGUAUCGUGGCACCCGGUGGUAUUGGCGUUAACAAUGCCAACAACGUGAAUAACAGCAGCAGCACACUAGGUGGAGCCAUGGUCAGUCACACGGUCACGGGGAACAGUGCAGCUGCGGUGGCAGCCGCUGCGGCCGCAGCAGCCGCCGAGAAGAACAAGGAAAUGACUCCACAGACGCGCCACCUGCUACAACACUUCAUAAGAACCGAGCUGCAGAAGGGACAACCCGGCGGUGGAGGAGGACCGAUGAGUGGUGGUGCCGGAGCCAACGUCCAGCAGCAGCAGGUUGGGGCAAUGGUAGGCGUAGGUGUUGGUGGCGUUAUGGUAAGCGGACAGACCGGUGUUGGUGUCGUUGGUGGGCCUCCGCAGCAGACGACGGGUGGUCAAUCAUCGUCCCACAACAACCACAACAACAACAACAGUAGUGGCGCCGGUGGCAAUGAUCCAAGCUCCGAUCCUGUUGCGGUAGCGGCGGCGGCAGCAGCAGCUUCGUUUUCGAGGCACGACACACCCGAACGCCGCUCGUCGAUCCGCCUGCGCGGACAAAAUCUAGACACCAGAAAUGCUGAAUAAUAUUAAAUUCUCUUUUAAAUUUCCAACGUUCACCGCGCCUGCCCGGGACCUCUCUCAUUCAAGUAUUUCUUCAACUUGUGACAAUAGCAUUUGUUUUCUUACCAUAAACCCUGCGGGAUACAAUCCCGUGUCCGUUUCCAUUUCUUUCCCCUUUUCGCUCCUAUCCUCCAACUCAGAAUGUUAGGUGAAACUUAUUGUGGGGAAAAUGAUUGAUCAAAAGAGACACCGGGCAAACGUGCUUAUAGUAUGCAAACAUUUAACCAUUCAAUGUUCGUGCUGCAAAUCAACGACAAAAACUAAGUGAAUGUGUGAAAAACAUCAUGAUCUAGCGUUUUGGAGAUAUCUAGAAGUACGUAAGCUCUUGGCGGGUUACUUUUUCGGGCCUUUAUAUCAUACAAUGAACGCGCUCAUUCAUCAAAUUUCCUGCUUUUCUCCAUUCGGUCAAAUGCCAAAUUUUGACGAUGUCAAGUUCGAAUUGGGGAAAAUCUACGGCCAAGACACGACAGGCUUUUUCUACGUUGCUUUUCGCAACACUCAAUCACAUCGACAACCAUUAGCCAUCCCGGGGAUUCCCGUCCGCUGACCAAGUCUGGACUGAUUGUUAACAAAACACUGUUCAAUCUAAUCGAUGUAUACAGUGUAAUGAAAAUAAAACAUGUUUCUUAUGCAAAGAAAGCAAACAAGCUUCGUGCCACUUCGUAAAGUCGCAGAAAAGUGGUUCCGUGGUUUUGGGCAGUGCUUUUAUUACUAUAAUUUUUGUCUGUAACAGGGGGCACACGAGCACGAUCGGUAGCAGUUCAUAUUUCACGUUCUCCGUAGCGGAUGGUCGACGCACCAGAACUGGAUACUCGUAUAGUUAGGAAAAGUGUGAAGCAUAGAAAGUGACAAGAAAGCAAAACGGUCGGUCAUUUGGUGAAUUGACAAGUCUUUCUGCAUGCAAGCACGAAAAAAGAAAGCAUGAAAAUAUAAUUAAAAUUAAAUACUAACUAGACAAACAAAACAAAGUAUGGCGAAAAUACUAGUAAAUCAAUAACAAAAAAGCGCCAUGAAACACGGAACGCAAAGGAUCGUUGUGUUUGGAGCGCGAGAAAGAAUCAUUUCUGUGCAAGUGCAAAGGAACUCUGCCAAGAGGGGUCACAAGGGUUGGUCGGGUGUGGUGAAACGGUUUUUAAAAGGCACAGAAGUAACGCAAAGCAUAGACAAGUAUAGAAACGGUGGCAACGAUUGGGAAGCAACACUUGCAAAGUGCACCGUGGACACAGGAGCGGGAUUGUAGAAUAUUUGUUAGUUGCACGUGAUAGAUGGGAGGAUUCUAAAGGAACAAUGAACGGAUGAACUGUGCAAGGUACGCUAAGAAGCUUAUCACUACUACCUACAUUGGGGUGACACUCGCCUCUCUGUUUGGAAAUAAACAAUGAAAUUAAUUGCAAACACACACACACAUACACAGAAAAGAGAACAGCAACCAAUAUAGAUAAAUCUGCAUGUUUUUGCUGCGAUUAGGUUGGUGUUUACUGACGCGUACACUCCUCAUACAAGCUAGAAUUGGAAUCGGACGAAAUCAGGACAGAGAUGUGCAGAGGAACAAGCAAGAAAUGGUGAUCGAAUAGUAAUUAAUUAGGAACCAACACUCUUGAAGUGUACCGCAACCCGCUAAGUGACUGGCGUGCACGAAGAAGCGAAUGCGCGUGAUCACGAUCUUUGAACGGGAACCGUUAAGAAGCGAAACAGAGGAAGGAUACCGCAAAGAAAACUUGAAGCACAUUCUUUGUCCUUUCUGCGCAUCCUCGUCGUAAUUCGGGUAAAACCCACCUUUCGGGGGCCGUAGUUGUGUGGUUUUGGCGCGCAGCUAAAUCACUUCCUCCGCGCGAAUGACACUCCGGUGCGUGACGAUGACGAGUUAGCAUGAGAACAGAGAACGUAAAUGUAUAAAAUCUAACAAGGAUAAUGGAAGUAUUCACACUCUAUCCUCAGAUACCUUUAGAGUAAUCGAUAGUGUGUGUGUGUGUGUGUGUACCGUACGUACUGAAGUUCUUAUUGCCAACGGAACGGAUAAGAAGAGACCAUCUUCCGGAGCAGCUUCCGGCUUCCGGAGGGGCCGAUUAAGAUGUUUUUCGUGGUGAAUGCUAAGGUGAAGCGGCAUUGCGGGAAACAUUACGACAUUUAAGAAAUUCUAGGCAUUAAUAAGAUACACAAUAGUAACCACUACGCGCGUCAACGGAAACUACAAAAAAAAUUAAAAUUAAACAAAACACGGGAGUUGAUAUAGCGCUUCUCUAGCGAGAUAUCAACAGUAAACCCAGGACCGAGAAAUGGUAAAGAAGGAGCACUAAUCUACUCCAGCUAGGAAUGGGAUGAAGAAGGGAGAGCAACACGAGUGGACAGGCAUCCGAACCUUUGAAUUCCAUCGAAUCGGAAGAAUAGUGUUUUGGUGAGAGGGUGCCGUUUGUCGAUGGAAUUCGAGGGUUUGGAAGGAAUGGUAACGAUAAAUGCAGACCGGCAAACAGAAUGAAGUUUCGUUUAAUGAAAGGACAGAAUAAAACAUACAAACAAAACAAGGAACAAAAAAUAUA